UUCAUCCAUCUUUAGCCUUUGGGAAGAGGAUAACUGCCAAGAGUGUUUUCGUUUCAAAACCAAAAAGGUUUUUUUCUCCCUGUGGCUGAAACCCUUACAUCCUUCAAAUUCCCAUUUCCUUUGGGGUCCCUCCUCGAGGUGUCUUUUUCCAUAUGAUGCCCCAAGUUUAAUGUCAGUCGUAAUGGAAGAAGAAAGAGGAUGGGAGGUGGCCUGGCUUGGCAUCCUGCCAAAGCUCAGCUAAGGGGAACUGCCUUCGUGGUGGAAGAGAAACUGGGAGGAGUCCAGGAGACUGCGGGCUAGAGGUAUCAAAGUUUCCUUGAUGGCGGUCCAGGGAAGCGUGUUGUCUCUGUGGCUGUGGCUAUGGCUGUCCUUGCUGCCGGUGCUGCUGGAAGCGAUAGCUGCGGGAGCGCGGUGGAGCGGGGAGGGUACCACGCCUCACCUCCAGAGCAUCUUCCUGGGCCGCUGCGCGGAGUACACCACGCUGCUGAGCCUGGGGAACAAAAACUGCACAGCCAUCUGGGAGGCCUUUAAGGGGGUGCUGGACAAGGACCCCUGCUCUGUGCUCCCCUCGGACUAUGAUCUCUUCAUUAACCUCUCCAGGCACUCCAUUCCUAGGGACAAGUCACUGUUCUGGGAAAAUAACCACCUACUCGUGAUGAGCUAUUCAGAGAACACCCAGCGCUUUAUGCCGCUGUGCGACGUUCUGUAUGGCAACGUUGGCGAUUUCUUAAGCUGGUGUCGACAGGAAAAUGCUUCUGGACUUGAUUACCAAUCCUGUCCCACAUCAGAAGACUGUGAAAACAAUGCUGUGGACUCCUAUUGGAAAAGUGCAUCCAUGCAGUAUUCAAGAGACAGUUCAGGGGUGAUCAAUGUCAUGCUGAAUGGCUCAGAGCCAAAAGGAGCCUAUCCCACAAAAGGGUUUUUUGCAGAUUUUGAAAUCCCAUAUUUACAAAAGGAUAAAGUCACAAGAAUUGAGAUCUGGGUCAUGCAUGAAGUUGGACGACCCCAUGUGGAAUCCUGUGGCGAAGGCAGUGUGAAGAUCCUGGAAGACAGACUGGAGGCCUUGGGGUUCCAGCACAGCUGUACCAAUGACUACCGACCAGUGAAGUUCUUGAUGUGUGUGGACCACAGCACUCACCGGGACUGUGUCAUGAACUCAGCCUCAGCAUCUAUGAAGAGGGCGAGACCAUCUCUUUAUGCAAUAGGAGACGCCAGCCUUAUCAUUUCUCUCUUAGUAGCUUUGGCUUCAAGUUCUCAAGUGUGACUAGAAAAUCACCACAGUGUUCUAACAAGCCAGCCCUGCAGCAGUCCACUGUUCUGUGUAAACCGAGGAAGCCUCAAACAAUCCCUUCUAGGAAAACAGUGUAACCAGAUAGAAAUCCAAUUAUAGUUCCAUUCAUGAUUCAAGAAACAAGGCAUUUAUCUAGUCCUGCUUAAGGACUAGGCAGAAGUUGCUACUGUGGAGUUAAAGGUAUUAUUUCUUAUUUGAUAAUGAUACAAAGCACCGAGGACCUGGAGUAUAGUAUAAGCUUAUAUAAUUCAAUGUAUUUUUGGAAGCAUCUGUAUUUUAUAUUUUCUGUAUUUUCUUGUGUUUCAAAAGAUACAAUAUGUGCUUGUUAAGAGCUUCAAUUACAUGUACAGUAUAUAAAGGUUUACACAUAUAGAUGCUAUGCAAAGAUGUAUAUAUAAAGAUGUCUAUUUCAUGGCUUCUCAUGAUAAGGGAAAAACCCAAAAUGUCAAGCACACACAGAUUUGGAACUGGUGCAUAAGGUUUUGUGUACCCAUAGGAUGGAAUGUUCAUUUAUUAAGUAAACAUCAUGCGUAUCACCUGACUGGUGAACAGUUAAGUCAACUGUAGUGCAUUCUGCACUGGGAAAUACUGCUCAGCGAGCAAAAGGAACUAGCAUGGAUGUAUAGAAUCUUAUGAAUGGCAAUUCCAGUGCAUGGUGCUAUGGGAAAGAAGCCUAACCAAGUGGCUACACUGCCGAUAAAGAUACAGAGUUCUGAAAAAGACAAAGCUAUGGGGAAAGAGGAAUGCUGUGGAUUCCGGGAUGGGUGGGCGGGGGUGCAUGAAGCAUGGGGGAGGGGCUAAGUUAAAGGAACAUCGAAAAAGACCAAGGUGGCGUCCCACAUAAACUUCUCAAAACUCUCAGAGCUGUGCAUCAGAAGGAAUAAAUCUCACAGGACGCAAAUUUAACAUCUUUGUCUUCAGUAAACAAUCACAUAAAAAAGUUAAUAUAUGUUAGAGAUAGGAUAUAAAGUUACUCACAAUAUGAUGAAAGUGUUAUGAACUAUAAUAUGAAUGUCAGAAAGCCUAUCAUGAAUGUGUGUUUGUAUCAUAUGCAUACACUGUAAAUGAAUGAAAGACAAUAACCCCAAGGACAGUGCAGUUCUCUCUGAAGAGUGACCUCACAGGUAUUCUAUUUUUGAUCUUUGGCUUCUUAAUAUUUUCCACUUCUUUACAGUAUAUCAAAGAAAUAAAGGAAAUACAGUUAUCAUA